AUGCCUGAAGGAAGCCCCUGGAGGAGAGUCUGUCUCCACCGUCCGCGCCGGAGGGCUGGGAGCUGCAAGAGGGAGAACGGGGAACGGCGUGGGGUUGGCCACUCCGCGCUCGAGCGGCCACCGUCCGCGGCAGGAGGCGUGGGCCGAGGCGUCCCCCAGGACCCCGGGGCAGCCCCGGGCGCGGAGGGGGCGGCGCCGGGCCCCGGGGCGGCCGCCCGAGGCGCGGUGGCGGAGGGCCCGGGAGCGCUCCGCGGCGCGGGCGGGACGAGGCGGCCCCGGGGGGCGGCGGCGGGGCGGCGGCGGCGGGGCCCGAGCCCCGGCGAGGAGCAGCACCUACCUCCGGGGGUGGAAGUGGGCCGGAAUGGGCCGGAACCCCGUCCCGGAAGUGAAACCCCCCGCCCCCUCCCCCGGAGCGGGCGACGUGCCGGAAGGAAAUCACUCACCCUUCCACCGCCCCCGCCCCCUCCCCGGCGCCUGCCGUCCCUCGCGCCCCCUCCCCUCUCGGCUCUCCCUCCGGCGGGAGGAGGGAGGGCGCCCUGCUCCUCGGGCGGCGUCCCCGCCCUCGACGGCGGGGUUGGGCGGGGCCGGGGAGGCGGGCAGGAGGCGGGGCUGGAGGCGGGGCGGAGCCGACGCAGGAUGGGAGCGUGCGUCGUGACGUCACCGAACGGAACGCUUAUAUACGGGCGGCCGGGCGCCAUCUCAGUCUUUCCGGGCUGGGCGUUGGCGUUGGCUCUGGCGUUCGGCAUGCUGCCACGUACGGAUGCGGUGUGGCGCGUGAUGGCCCCUGACGCACGAGUUCCGCGCCAGAGAGGAAGGAGUACGGAGAUUUUGAAGAGCAAGCCUCAGUCUACCAGAGGUCACACAGGCACAAUAAAGGAAGUUGGAAGUUGAAAAUGGUGGGGACCUGAACUCUUCUGAACCUGCCUUUACUUCUUUUGGAACUGGUUACCUGUUAACUGUCCAUGGAUGCCUGGGUGCAGAGUUUGGAGACCUUUUGCUUAAAGGUGUGAAGUGUCAGCUUGCUCCAGUCUGAAGGAAGAAGUCGUGAGACAAAGGUCCUGAAACUUGUGCUCUAACCAUGGAAAUGAGGGUAAGUCAGUUUUAAUAAUUUGAAUGGUAACUUGAAAUGUAACCAAUGAUGUAAUGAUUCUGCCAAAUGAAGAAGAAUGAUAUCACUUGAAAACCGUUCCAUUUUGAUUCUGAGGUUACUGUAUAAACAAGAAUCAUGCACAAAAAGGUUUUUUUUUUUUAUCUCUAUUAAUACAUUAAUAUGUGUUUGCUUUUAGGGCUCUGACUGCAGUGACAUGCCACCUCUUGAAAGGUGAGGAUUAGAAAUAUCAGCACCAUUCUUAACACCAGAAUACAUGAUGAUCUCACCCCAACUUGAACUCUCUCACUGAUUACCUGCUGAAAAUAACAGAUCUGAUAUUCUGUUUGUCGGUAGUCAUUUAAUCUGAAAUCUUGUAAUGUGGCUAAAAGUGCUCUUUGUUGCAGGCAGCUGGUUGGGUGCUCAUGGGAUAGAAGAGGAAACAUCUCUGAAAUAUCAAUAAAUUUCUACAAACCA